UCCCCCUCCGCCCAACACGUGGCGCCUGCCCACGUGCUCCCGGCCUCCAGGCGCUUCCGGCGCGGGGAGGUGACGCGCGGCGCGGGGCGGUGACGUCCGCGGUUGCCAGCCUGAGGCUGAGCGAGAAGGGGAAGCGUCCGGGCCCCGCCCCUCUCCCCAUGUCUGGAUGGAGCACACUUUAAAGUGAAAUGACAGACCAAGAGAAUAACAACAGCAUCUCAAGUAACCCUUUUGCAGCCCUCUUCAGCUCCCUAGCUGAUGCCAAGCAGUUUGCAGCGAUCCAAAAACAGCAGCUGAGGCAGCUCACUGCAGAUGAAACCUCAGCCAGCCAAGAUGACUCGGAUAACAGUGUAUCAGAGAGUCUGGAUGACUGCGACUACUCUGUGGCUGAGAUCAGCCGCUCCUUCCGCUCCCAGCAGGAGCUGUGUGAACAGCUCAACAUCAAUCACAUGAUCCAGAGGAUCUUCCUCAUCACCCUCGACAACAGUGAUCCCAGUAUGAAGAGCGGCAAUGGAAUUCCUGCUCGCUGUGUGUACCUAGAGGAAAUGGCUGCAGAACUGGAUGAACAAGACUGGCUUGACAUGGAAAACAUUGAACAGGCACUCUUCACCCGCUUGUUGCUCCAGGAACCAGGAAAUCACCUGAUUUACAUGACCUCUGUCAGCACACAGAAUCUUUCAGCAGAUAGAGACGCAGGAGAGAAACAGAUUCUUCGCUACUUAUAUGCCUGUUACCAGAGAUCAAAGGAAGAGAUAACCAAAGUGCCAGAGAACCUGCUGCCCUUUGCAGUUCGCUGCAGGAAUCUGACUGUGUCGAACACUCGCACUGUUCUUCUCACCUCAGAGAUCUAUGUCAACCAGAAUGUCUAUGAGCAGCUGGUGGACCUGAUGCUGGAGGCACUGAGAGGAGCACACUUUGAAGAUGUGACUGAGUUUCUUGAGGAGGUCAUAGAAGCCUUGACAAUGGAUGAGGAAGUACGGACAUUUGGGGAGGUCAUGGUUCCUGUGUUUGAUAUUCUGUUGGGUAGAAUCAAAGACCUGGACCUUUGUCAGAAUCUGCUGUACACAUAUCUGGAUAUGCUCCUCUAUUUCACCAGACAGAAAGAUAUAGCACAGGUUUUUGUAGACUACAUUCAACCAAAGGACCCCACCAAUGGGCAAAUGUAUCAGAAGACCCUGCUAGGAGUCAUCUUGAGCAUCUCCUGCUUGCUAAAGACCCCAGGCGUAGUGGAGAAUCAUGGAUACUUUCUGAAUCCAUCCCGAUCCAGUCCACAAGAGAUCAAAGUGCAGGAAUCCAACAUUCAUCAGUUUAUGGCCCAGUUCCAUGAGAAAAUCUACCAGAUGCUGAAGAACCUGUUACAGCUGUCUCCAGAGACCAAACACAGGAUUCUGUCCUGGCUUGGAAACUGUCUCCAUGCCAAUGCAGGCCGUACCAAAAUCUGGGCUAACCAGAUGCCAGAGAUCUUCUUCCAGAUGUAUGCCUCGGAUGCCUUCUUUCUGAAUCUAGGAGCUGCCCUCCUGAAAUUGUGCCAGCCAUUCUGUAAACCCAGAUCUCCUAGGCUUCUCACCUUCGAUCCCACCUACUGUGCCCUGAAAGAGCUGAAUGAAGAGGAGAGGAGAAGUAAGAACGUGCAUAUGAAAGGCUUGGAAAAAGAAACAUGUUUGAUUCCAGCUGUGACUGAGAAGGAGCCAGAGUUUGCCCACAGCUACAAUCUGGUGACUGAGAAUUUAGUCCUGACACAAUACACCCUCCAUUUAGGAUUUCACAGGUUGCAUGAUCAGAUGGUAAAAAUAAACCAAAGCCUUCACCGGCUGCAAGUAGCCUGGCGAGAGGCUCAACAAAGUUCCAGCCCUGCAACAGACAGUCUGCGGGAGCAGUUUGAACGCCUGAUGACUGUCUAUCUCUCCACCAAAACAUCAGUGACUGAGCCACAGAUGCUACAGAACUGCCUGAAUUUGCAGGUGUCCAUGGCAGUUCUCCUGGUCCAGCUGGCUAUAGGAAACCAAGGGACUGAGCCUAUAGACCUGACAUUCCCUUUGCCAGUCGUGGAGCACAGUGCACUGGCUUACGUACCAGAAUUCUUUGCUGAUAAUUUGGGUGAUUUCUUCAUUUUCCUGCGGCGUUUUGCUGAUGACAUCUUGGAGACUUCUGCAGACUCUCUGGAGCAUGUCUUUCACUUUGUUACUGUUUUCACGGGUGAUGUAGAGAGGAUGAAGAAUCCUCACCUGCGAGCCAAGCUGGCAGAAGUGUUGGAAGCAGUGAUGCCUCACUUAGAUCAGGUCCAGAACCCGCUUGUCUCCAGCAUGUUCCAUCGCGAGCGAGUGUUCUGCUCCUACCACCACGCUGCCCAUCUUGCAGAGGCACUCAUCAAGGUCUUUGUGGAUAUUGAGUUUACAGGGGAUCCACAUCAGUUUGAGCAGAAGUUUAACUAUCGUCGACCCAUGUAUCCCAUUCUCAGGUACAUGUGGGGGACAGAUUCAUACCGGCAAAGUAUAAAGGGUCUGGCUGAUUAUGCCUCGGAAAACCUAGAGGCAAUGAACCCUCCUCUCUUCCUACGCUUCCUUAACUUGCUCAUGAACGAUGCCAUUUUCCUGUUGGAUGAAGCCAUACAGUACCUCAGUAAAAUAAAAGUUCAGCAGAUAGAGAAGGACCGUGGUGAGUGGGACAACCUGUCCCAGGAGGCUCGUCGGGAGAAGGAGUCCAGUCUGCAAAUGUUUGGUCAGCUGGCUCGCUUCCACAACAUCAUGUCCAAUGAAACCAUCGGAACCCUGGCCUUUCUGACCUCGGAGAUUAAGUCCCUGUUUGUGCACCCUUUCCUUGCUGAGCGCAUCAUCUCCAUGCUGAACUACUUCCUGCAGCACCUGGUUGGUCCUAAAAUGGGAGCAUUAAAAGUCAAGGAUUUCAGCGAGUUUGACUUCAAACCUCAGCAGCUCGUUUCUGACAUCUGCAACAUCUACUUAAACCUUGGCGAUGAAGAGAAUUUCUGUGCCACGGUGCCCAAGGAUGGGCGCUCCUAUUCGCCGACACUGUUCGCUCAGACAGUCAGAGUCCUAAAGAAAAUCAAUAAGCCUGGCAACAUGAUAGUGGCUUUCAGUAACCUGGCUGAGCGGAUCAAGUCUCUUGCAGACCGACAGCAGCAGGAAGAGGAGACCUAUGCAGAUGCAUGUGAUGAAUUCCUUGAUCCUAUCAUGAGCACUUUAAUGUCUGACCCUGUGAUGCUGCCAUCUUCCCGAGUCACCGUGGAUAGGUCAACUAUAGCCAGGCAUCUCCUCAGUGACCAGACAGAUCCUUUUAAUCGGAGCCCCCUCACUAUGGACCAGAUCAGACCAAACAUAGAACUGAAAGAGAAGAUCCAGCAGUGGCUUGCAGAGAGGAAAAAGCAGAAGGAGCAGCUGGAGGACACACUGAAAUGAACAAAUGAAAAAACAUCCUGACACAAAUGAACAAUAAUUUGUCUGCAAGAGAGCGAAAUCCCCUUGCAGAGAUGAUGGCUGGUGCUCCAGAGAACCUGUGAAUCAGCGCUACCAUAUACUCUAUACCCAAGAUUGCAUUUUGUGCAUUGCCACUAGACUUGGAGCCUCUUGCUUAGGCCCUUCCUUUUAUCCCCUUCUAUUUUUUGUUUCCAUUAAGACGUCUCAAUAAUAUCAGAAACCUCAACUGCACUACAGCUUCUCAGCCCAGGAAUCCUAAGUCCCUUCUUGCUCUGUUGGCCACUGGUUAAUUUUCUUGUGUUGUUUGUUCUUCACAGUGUUCACUGUUUCUAAUGACUGUCAUGUCACACAUCUCAGUGGCUGUCAGCCACCACCAAAAAACUCUUCCUUGUGACUGAAGUUUCCUCUCUGUUACUCCUGCUUUGGCUCCAGACUUGUUUAAACUAUGUAAUGUUCUAUCAUAUGAUGUUUAAUGUGAAAAAAAAUGCCUUUGUCCACAGUAGCUCUUAAAUUUGAGGCUUGCGAGGAUGGAAGAGGUUCUUAUGCAAUUUUGUCUGUAAAUAUUGGUUGUGUACAAGGGUUCGUGUUCAGCAUGGUACAUUGCAAUGGGGCAGCACUGAACUCAAAACAUUUAAAAGAUAAUAUAAAAGUUGGAUGUGAAUCUCUUAGAGAUAGUUGGACUAUUUAGCCGUUGCUAUAACAAAACUCUCACUGGGACUAGGGAGGUCAUGCUGGAAAAACAUGCUACUGGUUUUAGAAAAGUCUCUCACUUGGCUGUCGGGGUCAAUACCUGCUGUUUUACUCAAGGGGCAACCAUGCAGAAACUCGACAUAUCCAGACACACAGGACAAACUCUUCUCUAAUUGGGGUUCCUUGAGUCUCCACAUCAUUUAAAUUAACCUUAAUUAGUCAUGAUCAUCUGCUAGGUUUGAGAGCCUGUUGGAAACGGCACUGUCUGUGUAUAGACUGUGUACAUAUUCAUACAGGUACACUAUAAAUCCUGCCUACAUUUAUACUGUACUUUGUGCAUGUUAAUAUGUAUCCAGUAUGUAUAUAUACUUAGACACAUGCUUUAUCAAUAAAAAUGUCAGGCUUCAAGUUUCUUUGAAGUGCAUAUUUGGUCUUAAGGUGAACUUGUUCUGAAUGGGAGAUCUGGGGCAGGUAUAACUCCUCUCAAGUGACACUUUAUCUCUGUUGUUGUAUACAACUAUUAAGCUGAUUUUUCAUAACCAUACCCUUCUACUGGGGACGUGUCUGCAACAAGAAGUGCAGAAACAGCUGACAUUUUUAUAAUGAAAACUAAGAGUGAAGCUUGGGUUUACUGUGCAGGUUACCUUAAAGAAUCUGUUAAAAUGAGUCUACUCGAUAAGACCUUAAAACAUAAGGCUUCUUCCCUGAGGGUCAUAUGUAUGUGCACUCAUGCAAACCUAGAAGUACCAGAAUUUGAGCCUAAAUAAAUAGUUUAAUAUAUAUAUUUUAUUCUUGAGGGGCAGGUGUGUGUUGGUUAGUUAUACUUAUGCAUGGGGGAGGCUUACUAUUCAGCUUGUAGGAAGAGGGGGUUUUGUGCUCGGAGGAAGGGAGUACUACAGGGACAACUAUCCAGAGCAUCAGGCACAAGGCAGAAAAAUAAGAAACGUGAUUUUUGUGGCGGCUAGCUCCAACCCAGCAACAGUGCUCUAGUUCAGAGGACUUCACCAAGAUGGUCACUGAGACUUACUAUAAUUUUUCUCUCCUAAAACAAAACAUGGUGUAGUGUUUACCUAGCUAUGGCAGUGAUAUAGGUUCAUUACAAAUGCCUUAGAGCCACUGAGAACACAAAUGGGAAGAAACUGGGGAGUCUGAGAGUGUUAAAUCAUUAAAGUGGGAGGACUUAAUCUUAAAUUAUUCAAGUGUUUUGGAGGCUGCCUUGGUAGGAGACUCUAAUCCCAAAGCUGUAACCCAACAAGCAAUUUUGUAGAAGUGGCAUUUUUGGCAGUGCACGAGGCAGAGGGUUUUCUUCCAAUAGGUUUAGGCUUUGCUGACCUGCACACAAAUCAUAUCCCAUAGGCCAGGGGUAGCCAGUUACUUUUUUUUGUCAAGGGCCAAAUUUCUUGGUCAAGAUCCAGACUACAGAGAAAUAAAAAAAAAAGUUAAAUAGCACGUGGGCAGGGGCAGGAACCGGCCACAGGAGGCUUCUGCGCGUGCGCCGCUUUGGCUCCCUCGAGACCAGCUUGGCGUUGCGCGUGAGCAGCCGUUCAUGGCCGAUAGGUGUCUUCGGCAGGCGCCUGAUCAAAAUGUUGCCUCUGAACGGGGAAAAAAAUGCCCCCCGCCCCUUCCCGCAGGGCUGGGCGUGCGCCCGGGCCGUCUGGGGGUGUGGCGAGCGGCGGCGGUGUGAGGCGCUACCGGGGCAGCCCUGACGCCGGGGGCCUUCGGGGUCCUGCUGUAGGUGACAUUCAGGCUCCGGCUCUUUCCUCUUCCUCAGGCGCUGCAGCUGCCCCGCGCCGGUUCCGCCAUGGCCCAGGCCGCCCAGAGGCUGGUCCAGCGCGUCGCCACCCAGGGCCCGCAACUCGUGAGCGGAAGCUCUGAGGAACGGUUUGGUGGCCACAGAGGUGCUGAUGUGGUUUUACAUCGGUGAGAUCAUAGGCAGAGGCAGCCUGAUUGGAUACAAUGUUUGAAGACUAAUCUUUAGUAGUCUUACGUUUCACUUCUUUGUCCCCUAAGUCUGUAACAGUAUUUGACAAAAUAAAACCAGGAAAUGAUGUGGAA